AUGCCCUCGAAAUUCUUCCCCAACACGAUUACAGAAUGCCUCUUCGUCUUAACGGUAACCUUUGCCUUUGCACAAUCGACCAUCUUCUCCGGGAUGGCGACUGUCAUGACGGAUGUCAUCGGCCGGGAUCUCAAUAUGCAGGGGGAUGUUGUUUGGAUUACGAGUGCCGCUUUACUAACAAACGGCGCCUUCGUCCUCCCCCUCGGAACGCUCUCGGACACGCUCGGCCGGAAACCACUCGCGUUGACCGCAAUGAUAUUGACGACCCUCGCAACGCUCGCCUGCGGCUUCGCUCCGGACGGGGUCACGUUGAUCAUCUUCACGGCACUCAUGGGCCUUUUCUCCGCUGCGGCAGUCACACCCGCUGUGGGGACCUUGGGCUCUGUAUAUAGUGCCCCGUCGAAACGACGGAAUCGGGCGUUUGCGUGUUUCUCCGCGGGGAAUCCAUUGGGGUUUGUUGUUGGGACGCUUAUUGCAGGAGUUGUGUUGGAAAUCACCCGGGGGAAGAGUCUGGGAAGUGGAGGGUUUUGGGGAGGGGAAGGUAGAGGUAGAGGGGGUGAUGGGGGUGGGUGGAGGGUUUGUUUCUGGGUGUUUUGUGUGUUGACAGCUGGGUUUGGGGUUUUGGUCAAGUGGACUGUUCCGAAGGAUAAGGUUGUGUUUUCGGCUCCCGCUGCUGCUGAGGGUGAGAAUGGAAGUGGGAGUGGAAGGGACGAAGUCUCUGGGAGAGACAUUGUGACGCCAGGUAGGGUUAGUGGGUGGGAGGUGCUGAGGAGGUUCGAUCUUGUCGGUGCGGUACUUGUUACUGCGGGGGUUUCGGCGUUGUCCGCAGGUUUGACACUCACCGGAACCGCGCCACAAGGCUGGGCAACGCCAUACGUGAUCGUCCUGAUAAUCGUCGGCGUGAUCCUCAUCGGCAUCUUCAUCUUUUGGCAGUCGAUAUACAAGUUCCCGCUCAUGCCGCUGUAUAUCUGGCGGGACCGGAACUUCUCACUCGUAAUAACCCUCCUCGCCACUGGCAACGCGGCCUUCACCAGCUCCUCCUUCUGGCUGUGCCUGUACCUGCAACGCACGCAGCGCCUCAGCGCCCUCUGGAUCGCCGUCUACCUCCUCCCGCAAAACAUCAACGGGCUGAUUAUCAACUUCGUCUGCAGUCUGAUUCUACACCGGGUCCCACACCGGGUCCUCAUGGGCGUGGGAGCCCUGGCGUACCUCGUUUCGUUUCUGUUGCUCGCCCUCCUGCAGCCAAUUCGCUACUAUUAUUGGGCGUUUGUGUUUCCGAGUCUGCUGCUUGCGGUUGUUGGGGCGGAUUUGCAGUUUAAUGUUGCAAAUAGCUAUGUCAUGUCCUCUCUCCCCCGACACCAACAAUCCCUCGCCGGCGGAAUCCUCAGCGCGGUAAAUAAGCUGCUUUCAAACAUCGCACUGAGCAUUUCGACGGCCGUGUACUAUGCGGGCCAGAAGCACGCGGCGAGGAAUGGUACUGACGGUGUCAGCGAUGACUUUGCGGGCUAUAGAGCGGCGUUUUGGAUGCUUGUUGCGAUCGCUGGGAUCAAUUUGGCGCUGGUGCCGUUUUUGAGGAUCAAGAAAGUCGCGAUGGAGGAUAUGAAGACCAGUAGUCCUAUUAGUGGCAGUGAGGAAGGGUUUGGCGAAGUGUUUGCGGAAAAGAAAGAGGGGACGAAGAAGGAGGAAAAGAUGGAGGUGUAG